CCACUGUCAACACCCACCCUGGCCAAGUCGCACUGACAAGAGUAGUCUUGUAAUCACCACCAUUUUUAUCACCGUCCACACCAACCAGCACAACCACCGUCUCCAUGGCGGCCUGCCGCCUCCUUUCGGGGAAGUUAACUCAAAAGACCUUUCUGUCCUCCAAUUCCUACUUAUUCCCCAAACUGGCCUCCUCUGCACUUUUCUCCACCCUCUGCAGAAGACAGUUUACGCCAGCGCUCCCCCAGCCACCGGCGGCCAAGAAGGUGCCUUUUACGGCCACCGCACACGGGGUCACGUGGAAAGACCCUUACCAUUGGAUGUCCGACAUUAACGACCCGGAUUUCAUCAGCUACCUUAACCAAGAAAACUCAUAUGCCGAGGCAUUUAUGCAGGAUACCCUUAAUAUGCGAAGGAUCCUUUACUCUGAGAUGGUUUCCAGAAUUCCCUCCAAGAUAUCCACCCCUCCUGAACGUUGGGGCCCCUGGUUGUACUACCAGUGCAUUCCAGAAGGGAAGGAGUAUCCUGUUUUAUGUAGGAAAUCAGCUAUUGAAAGGAAAGGUUGGGCAGCAACUGUAUUCAAUUCCUUCAUAGGAGGAUUUGGCAGGGACCAAGUUUUGCUUGACUGGAAUGAGAUUGCACAAAAACACGGAUAUGUCCAUGUGGGUACAUGCAGAGUAUCACCAGACCACAGCUUUCUUGCAUAUACACUU